AUGGGUGAGAUGAUAUUUUAUGGUGGCAAUGGAAUUAUUUUUGCGACCCCGUUUCCAGUAAUUACGUGGCCAAUUGCUCAAAGAACCACGCGGAGGACGACGAGAAGAGUUACGACAACAUUAACAACGACGAUGAGACCCACGAUAACUACAAGGACGACAACGCGGACAACGGGAGUGAUAAUUGAUCCAGUAACUGCAAUGACUACGACAACAGUGGCUCCAAUUACUUCAACAUCAAUGGCUCCAGUUUCCUCAACGACGACCACAAAUGCGCCAACAACGAGUUCCACAACGCAAUCCACGACGACAACUACGAGAAUUUCAUCAACAACGGUUUCAAGUACGACACCUUCAACGACAACCACUACCAGAGCUCCAACUUUCUCGACAACAGUUUCCACAACAAGACCUACAACGACUAUUUCUUCGUCGACAAUAACUGUUUCAACCAUAAGACCUUCGCCAACGACGACAGCGAGACCCACAAGCAAUACUGGAAUUGAUAUUCGAACGAAUCAAACGACAUCGGUAACAACUAGUUCGACUACAUCGCGUCCAACGACGAUAACGACCACAAUUAGACCAGUUACGAAUAUUACUUCCACAAUUUCAUCCACAAUAAGUUCUACAAGAGCAAUAAUGAAUGUAACUCAAGGUACAACUCGAACAACGUUACCUCCUUUUACGACAUCUGUGACAACAACAAUAAGUUCCACGAGUUCCACAACUUCUACAACGGCUUCAAGUACAACUUUGAGAACUACUGUGAACACAACUUCAGCUCAAAGUACUUCAACUCCUUCCACAACGGCGUCAACUUCUUCUAGUACAACACCAACUCCGAUAACAACAAUUAGAACAACGUCUGGUAACUUAACUUCCACAAUGAGUCAAACUCGUCCAACAUUGCCGCCUUUUUCGACUACAGGUUUGAGCAAUUCAACGACAGCAAAUAUCACGACAACUCCAUCGACGACUUUAACAACUCUUAGAACGACUGUCAAUAUAACUUCCACUCAGAGUUCAACGUCAAUUCCUUCUACAACAAGUUCUACAACAACAUCAAGUUCCACAUCAAUAACCAAUUCCACAACUGUUAGAACAACUUUAGUAACUUCCACACAAUCUCGUCCAACUUUACCACCAUUUUCAAGUUCAGUUGGACCGAUUUCUUCAAUUUCUACAACGACAACGCUUCUUCCUGUAACAAGUUCUACAACAACUACAAUGAGUAGUUCUCCAAUGAAUUCCACAACAACCAUGGCUCCAACUACAACAACAACUUCAACUACAAUUACUUCUACGACUUCAAUACCGACUUCAGUCACGCAAAUUUCAAAUUCCACGACUCGUCGAACUACAAUUUCUACAAGUAGCACAACUAGACGCACGCUUCCACCAUAUAACGGAAAUUAUGUUGGACCAACGAGAAGAAGUACGCCAGAUCCUCGUAUCAGUUUAGCACAAAAUCAAGUAAAUUUGUUGAGAGCUCGGGGAUUUUCAUGUCGGCCAGGUGUUUAUCCGUGUGUAACUGCAUAA